AUGGUGACAAGCUCGGGCCGGGAGUCCAGCACGCCCCCUCCCGACCUGCCCGUCCUGACCCCCCCUCCCGACCUGUCCGCCCUGACCCCCCUGCUGACCAGCCUCCUGGCUUGCCGCGCCCCGGCCCUCCCCCUCCACCAGCUGGACCACAAGUCUGUACACUGGCUCCUGCGCCAGCUGGAGGCGCGGGGCGCAGCCAACGCCGCGCUGUGCCUGUUGUGGAGCCUACCCCCUGCCUCCCGCCCCGCCCCCGUCGUCACGCGGGUCAUGCAGGUCUGCCUGGGCCAGGGCUCCGACGCCGGCCCCGGCGCGGUGCUGAAGGUGUGGCGCCAGCUGCGGCUGGAGGGCCUGGAGGCAGACGCCACCUGCUUCAACACCGUAAUCACCGCAGCAGGCCGGGCGCAGCGCUGGGGCGUGGUGCGGUCGGUGCUGGAGGACAUGCGGCGCGAGGGCGUGGCGCGCGACGUCUUCACCUACGCCGCCGUGCUUUCCAACUGCCGCGACGCCCAGCACGCGCAGCGCUGGUUCGACGGCAUGGCGGCGCACGGCGUGCAGCCCAACGUGCGGCACUACACCGCCCUUAUCAACUGCCAGCGGCGCUGGGGUUCGGCGGGCGACGCGCUGCGCACCUUCGAGGCGAUGGGUCGCGCGGGGAUCUACGCGACCGCGCGCGAGUACGAACGCGAGAUGGCGCGCGCGGGGCUGCCCGCCGACGACUUUACGCUUUCCGCGCUCUUUGGCGCCUGCGCCGCCGACGGGCAGUGGGAGGCAGCGCUGGACGCCAUGCGCGCCGCGCGCGCCACGGGGCGCCGUCCAGGUGUGCAGGCGCACAACGCGCUGCUGCGCACGCUGGCUGGCGGCGCGCAGUGGCGCCACGCGCGCGCGGUGCUGGAGGGCAUGGCCGGCGGGGAGGGGCCGGCGCCGGACGCCGCCUCGUUUGCAGCCCUGAUCCUUGCGCUGGAGCGGGGGGGAAAGUACCAGGAGGCCUGGGAGGCGUACAACCAGCUGCAGGCAAGAGGGUGUGGAAGUCUAUGUGCGCGGGGCCUGAAGCCGACAAGCGACACGCUGUGUGCGCUGCUGAGAGCCUGCGAGGCGGGGCAGCAAUGGGAGCGCGCCAUCGACCUAUUCAACCAGCUCAAGGCCCAGGCCCAGGCGGAGCUGCCGCCCUCGGGCAUGGCCCUGCGGUCCAUCCUCUACUCCAUGCCCCUGCUGAUGCAUGCGCUGCCGCCAAGCCUGGUGGCCACGGCUCGAGCUGCCGUGGAGUCUGGGCGCAAGACGCGAGCGCUGCUGGACUAA